CCCGUGUUACGCCAGUAGCUGUGAAGGCAUGUGUGAUGACGUUACACAGGCAGGAUCUUAAACGUCGGGGAUGAAACUUUAUCCAGGGCUACUGAGCAGUAAUGAAAAUAGGAAUUACAUUAAAAAACCGUUCUAGAUGGUUUGUGUGAAAACAUAAAUAGUGACUAGAUAUCGACCUUCCAAGCUGUAACUAGCUGCUGAACAGUUAUCUGCAUGACGAUUGGGCAUAACAAUCAUCAACAGCGCCAUUGCCUUUUUGCAAUAGCUAGCUAGCUAGCUAUUUAUCGUCUCCGCAUUGGGUAACAUGCUUUGUGGAUAGUGAUGGAAAUGUAGGCCACUCCGCAUAAUUAUUGGACAGAAAAAGAGGUGUGCAGCUGUGAUGGUCAUGUUAACCUAGCCCUCAGCGCCACCUCUUCCCGCCUGGUCCCUCGGUGUGUCCUGCCCUGUUGCCAUGACGUGGUGCGCCCUCACUGCCACGUCCAGCCUGUUGCUACUGUUUGUGGUGCCCUCCCUCUGCAGCCAUACAGGGGAGUUCCCCAGCCUGGUGGCCAACCUGACCCUGGACAACGAGGCAGCAUGUGUCUAUGCAUGUAAAGUCUUUCCAGACUGUGAUUUGAAGGCCUUUGAAGAAGAGAAGAAAAUGUGCUAUUUUUUCAAGUGUCCCAAUGGCACUGACUGCCAAACUUUCACUGUGGACGAGCUUCUCAAAAGCCAAGGAACUGGUGACCAUGUUGCCCCAGAAAACUCUCAAUUGCCCUUGUCUCCAAGUGCUUCUGUUCCUGCUGCCAUUGAUGACUUGUUGCCCCAAGAGCACCAGUCAAACUCGUCAUUGCCCAUCCACCCUAACAGCAGCAACACAGAUUUAAUGCUCGACAAGGGUACAAAAAAUAGCACUUUACUUCCAAGCAGCACGACUUUAUACUCCCCGUCCCUGUCAUCCACUGGAGACACCUUGGGGCAGGGACCCGCACCUGUGGCUACAGCUGUUGAUAGUACACCUUCACCAUUUCAGCCCACAGGUGAGGCCGCUCCCACAAAUCUCACUACCAUUACCAGCAAACCUGCUACCAUCAACAUCACUACAACCAUGACUACCAUGCGUACAAAUAAGUCUGACAGUGCGGCAGUUACGCCAACGACCCAAAUCUCACUGAAUAAAACCUCUGCAACAAAACUUACCACCACAAACGCUGCAAAUCUGACAACCACAGCCGUGGCAACAACCGCAAAGACAACAACCACGUCAGCGUCAACUUCCACGGCCAUCAUGACAACAACACCAACAGCCACAAUCUCCAAAACGCCACCGGCUACCACCUCAACUACGGCCAUGGCGAAGGAGACGCCAUCACUGACCACAGUGAAUGUCCGUAGCACCCCUGCCUCCUCGCUGAGUGCCCCAGAGCCAGUCACCAGCCCGCCCAGGACUACUCCAGGAAAGGAGGGAGGAAACGGUAAAAAAGCCAUUCUAGACGUCGCUGCUGGCCCUCUGACCCGGCAGCUGGUGGACACCAGCUCAUUACUGGCCGUGCUCCUGUUCGGCCUGAUCUUCUUCCUAGUCACCGUGGCCCUUUUCCUCACGCAGGCCUAUGACAGUUACAAGAAGAGAGACUACACCCAAGUGGACUACCUAAUCAAUGGAAUGUAUUCAGAUUCAGGCGUCUAAUGGCUAAAGCUGGGAGAGUUGGUGUUUACAUUCCAAAAAUUUCAUUUUAUAUUAAUUUGUCUUGCUUUUUUCUUUCUUUUUUGCUUUUUUGGAAAGGAGUUUAGAAACUGCUUAAGGUUUGAAUGGUGACACAAAUAUGUUUCCACACAGACGUCACAGUAAUAGACAGGUGCGAUCUUCUGAUUUUGGUUAUUUGAACAUGUUUGGGGUUUGCAUUUUCCUAUGGUUUUGAUAAUCACCCAGCAUUUCCUAUGCAGGCAUUGUGCCCUUGCUGUCCAUCUAUGAUGCUGCUGUUCAGUUUGCUGUGGCACACGUAGUAUCCAACAGCUCCACUAAUUUGGAUUGUUCUGUUUUUUUUUUUGUUUUUUUUAGAAUGAGAGCUUCUCAGCACUGCAGAGCUGCUGUUGAGAAUUCCUGUCCAAGUUUUGAUUGUUAACAUUUCUAUUCAAAAUUUGAGUGAACACAGGCCGGUUCUGCAAUGCUAUGGGAAGGGAAUAGUACUGUUGUAUAAAUUGGGCUUGAUAAAAUGAAGUGCCAACUGAUUGAAUAAUAUUUAACUUGAAUAAACUUUAAGGUCAUUAAGCUCUUUAAUUCUUGUCAAAAAUACACAGUGAAAAAUGCAAGCCCUAAAUAUGUACCGGAUGUUCAUACACCAACCUGUUUCACUGUAUCUGGGCCAUGCUAUGUAGGCGGAGUGUUGAGUGUGUGUUUGUGCGUGCGUGCGUGCGCGCACAUGCAUGCUCUCUUAUGUAGCUGAUGCAUCUUCAUCCGCAAAGCCGUGAGUACUGAGUCUUAAAUUUCAGUAUUUGCUAACCAUUAAACAUAGAGAGGUACAGUUUGCUUAUGAAGUGAAUAACUCAUUUUACUUCAUUUUAUGUGUGUGUGUGCAUGUGUGCAUGUGUGCGCGUGCGUGCGUGCAUGUGUGUGUGUGCACGUGCGUGCGUGCACGUUAAAGCAAGAUUAUUUCGCGUUUUGUAAACAUGUCUCAACAUUUUAUUUCCUGAGUUCAUUAUGCAAGACUUAAUUAAUAAUGCCUUUCCCUACAAUUAUCACCAGCCCCCUGGCCCCCAGCACAUUUUUUAUUUUUUAUUCCAUUUAAUGGGUUAAGAAUGAAUGCCAAAAUAAUAUCCAGAACUCUGGAGCACAUCCUUAUGAAGCCAAGGGAAUCACACAGCCAUUAUGAAGUGCAUUCAAGCAGCAAGGAAGUUAAAGAAACUUUCUAAUGUUUUGGAGCUGCCAAAGAAUAGCACAAAUCAGAUUGUUUAUGUGCCAAUUUCUGUCUGUAUAGUCUAAUAAUGCACUAUUAAAAAAUGAAACGGGUUUUGCAAUAAUAAAAGCAGGCUAUGCUUUUCAUAAUUUCAUUUAACCAAGAAAUGUCUUUUUUAAUUUACACAACAAAUACAAUGUGUGUGAGACAACACGUUUACAGAUUAGUCCUGUAUGUGUAGUACCCUCUAAUGAGGACAGCUCAUUCUUUUUCAUAAUAAUCAUUGUUUGUGAUGUAUCUCCACAAACUGUAUAGAUGUACUAUUAAUGUGUACAGUACAGUUGAUUAGCAAAAUGUACAUCACAUUAAUAUCGGAAAGAAAGCCUGCACUUAGAGUGUAGUGAUAAGACCCUGGGAACAUGAUAAAGACACACUUCCUGUUUUGAGAAAAUGUAAUGUUAGCUAAUUGGCAAAGAAGUGGAUAAAUGCUUUUGGAGCAGGUGGGUUUUGUUGUUUGAGAGGGAGAAAAAUAUAAGGUGUUAAGAGUUGGCUAUAGGGAAUAGGCAGAAGGGCUACUUUCAUUUGGGAAAGAAGGGAAAAAAUAUGAACCGAAAAAACAAACUGGACAGAUGAGCACAUAGCUGUAUAAGGGUGUAUGUUGUUUUUACACCACAGCUACCUGUCCUGCCGUUUACUUAUAAACGUAAUCUCAAACCAUUUCUUACAAAUCUCAAAUCUUCUUCUGCUUAGCCAAAGGUGCUACAGCCAACAGCUGAAAAAACUAAACCCAAAUAAGAUUUAAACUGUCACAGUUAAGUCAGUAGCCCUUCAACUGCAUUGCAUUACUGCAAGUUACAGGCGUGUGUCUUUGACGCCUAUUUCAUUGUAAUGUUUUGUUUUCCCUUAGGCAUUUAUGCAAUAAACUGCUCUGCAGCAUGUACAUGUAGUAA